CAAAUACUGACUAUCAGCCAUUUUGAGUAAAGCAGAGCGAGCUGUUAUCCAGGUUCAUGUUACUGUGAAAGGAAUGCGCUGCACAACAUCAGUAGUCUGCAUCGCUAACACCAGAGGCGCGUGGGUAUAGCUUUGGAAAAUUCUUGCAGAGUAAUAAGCAGGAAGGACAGAAUCAUAACCUGAUCAUGCAGUUAAGAGGACUAUGCGAUCGUGUUGUGGUGGAAAGGAAAUGUCUGUGCAACAUGUGUGGGUUUUAAUGCAGUGGAACAGCAGGUUCUACUCAUCACUGCUGUACUGAAACAUUAAGCCUGGACAGAACUUCGACUUGGAGGUUAACGAUGAGAUGAUGAUUAUCUUGCAGAUGCUCUGGAGUGCAGAUUAAAUAUCGGCUCCGGAGUGGUGAAGCUCUGUGAAGUCGCAUCCCAGAGGAGUUUUGUGUGUCGUCGGGGCCUUGAGACACACCCACCCACACACACUGAUGCUCAGCUUCUCCUUCUCGCGGUGGACCUGGCAUAUCUCUAAUCUCUAAAAGAUUGAUGAGGCCCUGUCCAGGCGCAGGAGGCCUGGCACAACGUCGAUAAGGCGGCUUUCAUUUCACCACAUUUUAUCCCCCGCUCCUCCCUUUCUUCUCCUCUUUUCUUCCAUGCUGAGGGAUGUGGGGGCUGGCGCUGAAGCGUGAGAGAGGAUUAUGACACAUCAAACCCCCCUGGGUGAGAAGGACAGUGCUUUAAACUGGAACCAUGAGAUGCCCCGAAAGUGACAGAUCUGUUUUCUUCCUUUGCUCCACGUUGGACAGCCGUGUGGUAGCCGAGCAGGACGCCAGAGUCGGCAUGUCACUGUCAAACUGCUGGAGCUGGAAUGUGGUGAAACUACAGAGGGACACUCAGAGCUGAGAACAGCAGCACACACAUACACACCUGCACCUGCGCACAAACACACUCGGAGUGCUCCACACAGGACAAUGUGCAACAUCUCAUUCUGUGAUGUGGACAGUAAGGUGGACCAGUUCUUUCAGCCCACGCUCUACAUCAUAGUCAUCGUUCUGGGACUGCCCACUAACUGCAUGGCUUUGUGGGCUGCCUACAUGCAGGUCCGCCAACGCAAUGAGCUCGGCAUCUACCUGAUCAACCUGUCAGUGGCCGACCUCCUCUACAUCACCACUCUUCCUCUGUGGAUCGACUACUUCUUACAGCACGAUGACUGGAUCCACGGUCAGGAGAGCUGCAAGCUGUUCGGCUUCAUCUUCUACACGAAUAUCUACGUCAGCAUCGCCUUUCUCUGCUGUAUUUCACUGGACAGGUACCUGGCCGUGGCAUAUCCUCUGCGCUUCGCCAAGGUUCGACGAAUCAAGACAGCUGUCCUGGUCAGCUCCAUGGUGUGGAUCAUUGAGAUCGUUGCCAACUCCGCUCCUCUCUUCCACGAUGAGCUCUUCCAGGAUCGGUUCAACCACACCUUCUGCUUUGAAAAGUAUCCCAUGCAGGAUUGGGUGGCAGGGAUGAACCUCUACAGGACAUUUCUGGGGUUCCUCGCUCCAUGGACAGCCAUGCUCGUUGCCUACCGCGGGAUCCUGGCAGCAGUGCGCUGCAACAUCUCAACAGAGCGCCAGGAAAAGGCCAAAAUUCAGCGGCUGGCAUUGAGUCUGAUCCUGAUCGUUUUGCUCUGCUUUGGACCAUACCACGUCCUCCUCCUGGUGCGGAGUGUCAUGUUUCUAAGGAAGCCAUGUGACUGCGGCUCGGAGGAGAGCUUGUUUGCAGCGUACCAUGUAUCACUGGCGCUGACCAGCCUCAACUGUGUCGCUGACCCCAUUUUGUACUGUUUUGUCAAUGAGGGGGCCAGGCACGACGUUGGCAAGGCUCUCUCAGCUUUACUGUCUGCAGCUUGCCACUGGGGCUCCUCUUCCUCGCCAUCACAUGCCGACAUACUCAACGCUGGCUCAGUGACUAUGGAAACGCCGCUGUCGGCGAAGAAGCAGCCUUGUGUUUACGCAGAUGGAGGCAAGACGAACAGCUACAAGACAGAACUGGUGGCUCUGAAGGAGGAAUGUCUACAGAUGACCAUCCUCAGUGUAAGGAAGUGAUCCUACUGGGAGCAUACUGAAACUCCUCACACUGACAGGAUCUGAUGUCUUCUGGGUGAAGUCAGAUGCAUUUAUGAGGCUGUAGAUGCCUGAGGUAAUAGCUCCCACUGAACGGCACAUUAACAAGCCAGAGCGGGAAUGAGAUUAAUGAAAUGCACAAGACAUAAGGUCUGUAGCCAUGGUAGCAGCCUAUGUAAGACUGAAAUGCUUACAAAGCCCAAGAGAACAUUGUUGGGUUCAUAAAAAGUGAAGGUAGACUACUUUGCUACUGUUAGAGCCUUUCCACUAGCAGGACAAUAAAUGUAAAAUCUGGCUUGAUGGUGGCACCUGCUGACAGGUCAUGUUGUAAUUGUAAAGGUUUAAUCUUCGUAUUGUGAUCAUUUUAGGACAUCUCACACUGACAGCUUGUCAGGCUCAGUUCUCUGUUGCUGAUUCGGUUUUACUUUGAUAACUCAAAGCUGUAGUUUGUGAGCCAAUGCGCAGCUGCACUGCAUGCUUGUUUGCUUGAUUGACUGUUUGUUAAUGUUAUCAUUAAUCUGAGCAUGCAGCUGUGGCUGACAAGGUGUGACAGUCGCUACCUUUAGAGGUCGUGAAGUCAGUUGAAGUGGACCAGUGGAUCAUGAAGUCGACCAUGAAGUGGACCAGUGUAAAUGUUGACCUGCUGGUGGCGCUAAUUGGGACAUCAGGGGAUCAAGUCCUCGGGAUUCAGCCGCAGUGGACCAUGAGUGUCACAUACCAAUCCAUCCAGUAGACGGUGAGAUAUUUCAGUCCGAACCGAAGUGGAACAGAUCAACAGACCAGCUAACAUCCCAGCUGGAUGUUACUGGUGCAGCUCAUAAGGACGGUAGCUCUGGGAGUCAUUCACAAUGCCUAGGAAGACAUUCUUGAACAUUUAAGUGGAAUUAUGCUCUGCUGAGUAGUGUUAGUGGUCUGAGAGGAUGCAUCUUUCCUUUGACACCCAACUGGACGAAGGCUGGAUGCAGGACAUUGUGGUUUGACGACCAGAUGUACCAUUUGGAUUAUGGGAUAUAGAAGAAAAGCAGAAGAUUAAUAAUAAAAAUAAAUGAUUGUGUUGUAGAUUACUGGUCAAAAACAUUUUUAAUGCUUGUUGAAAAAUUCUUUAUUAGUUUUUUUUUUUUUUUUUUAAUAAGUAAAUAACAAAGCCUUAUGACGUACCUCAGCUCGUAAACUGUGAUAACAAGAAGGCAGAGAGUGGAAAUGUCUCUUGCAAUGUUUUUUUUUUUUCAUUGACACAGACAGCAAAAUGACACACAGCUAAGAUGACAGUGAAAAUCCCAAAUGAAAGCCUUUUACUGCAGUCAGCUCAGUUUGAAAACCCAGUUUCUCAUUUAUUUCAACAUUAUGUUGAGAGCAAUGAAAAGAGCAGAAAAACAGUGUCAUAGAAACAGCUGAAAUUAUUGUUAUUUUUAAAUGUCUGUGCAUGAAGUAGCUGUCAUUAAUAAUUAAAGUAUAGGAAUCUGCAUGCUGGAGGUGCAAAAUUUUUAUUGCUUAAUAGUUCUGACAGCCUUUACUGAAACUAUUUUGUCAGUCAACCAUCACUGAACUUCCAUGAAUCCAACCAACAUGCAAAGGGGCUUUUGUAAAGGCUUCCAACUUUUGACCUGAUACUGUUUACAUUCCUAUUCCAAACAGAUGCUUUUAAUUCGAACUGUCCCGAGCUUCCUAAAGCCAAGCAGUAUGUCUUUUUUAUUUUCAGUAUUUUUUUAUACACAUUGCACAACAACGUUUUCACACCUAACCUCCUGUUUCCCUGAAAUGGCAAGAUUUUGUACGUGAUGCAGGCGAUGCUGCUUCCUGCUAAGGUUGUCAUUUUAGUGAAACUAAGAAACAUUGCUCUCCAAUGUCAGAAAGUAAAUUAAAAAAUUCUUUAGUGGAAAGAAAAUGUCUCCAGUGGUCAGAAGAACUGCGGCAGCAUUUAAAAAGCAAGGUGACAAUAAUUUAUUUAAAAUUAACGAUUUGCAAGCAUGUCCUUUCUUUUGUAUGUGAAGCUGGUUGUUCUUAGUGUAAAUAUAUCUGACAAUUAUAAUCUGCUGGAUUAGCUGCCAUGUUUUCCCGUAAGACGAUUCCUUCCUGACGUCGUGAUGCCAGGUGGGAGCAGUCAGGAAAACAGAAGAAAUCUUAAAAAGUGGUCAUAAGCUGCGUUUAUUUACUGCAAUUGGAUCAUACGCUGACAUCCUUUUUCUGAAGCUGCUCUCGUCAGUCUGUGCACAACCAACACCACUUUACACUUUCAACAGACCAUCCGAUUGGUCAGUCCUUCCCACUGACUUCUGUGCAGGGCAGAUCCACAGUCAUUUGACCUGAGAUGCCACCCACAGUCAGGUGAAUUUCGUUGUCAUGGUAACAAAUGGCAGUGACAGAUGUCGCAUGUACUGCACAGAAUUUGAAAGUUAUUCCUUUUAUGCAAAGCGAAGCAGCUGGGUGGUUUUUUUCUCAUUGCCUGCUUGAUUUUACAGUAAAUCACACAUGAAGAGAACCUGUUGGGAUCCUUGAUAUUACAACAGAGCAGUGAAUACUGCACAUAAAGGAAGUGUAGUCUUUGCUUUAAAAAAGUGCUGAUGGGACGCAGCCGUCUGAGCAGAGGCAUCUUCAACAGCGAAAACCAAGUUAGCUGUUGGCUUCAUCUUUAACCUUCUUGUCUGUUUGCUCUUAAGCGCACUCCAGUCCUUUAUUUUCAACAUUUUCUUUUGCUGUUUUUGUGACUCAGCAUUUCAACAACUGUAUGUUCGGGUAAAUAACAAUGACAUGGGAACUUGGCCAACAUUUACAUGUCAGGUUGAGAAGUGUCUAGGUGAUCCCAGCACACCUUUCUCCAUGUUUUCUUGGCAGGAGAGCAUUCCUCUGUGCAGUGCAGUGACCUUAAGGCAGAUUUGUUGGUCACCUUCAGCUUGUUAGUGUUGCUGUGUGUACCGUUGCUUAGGUUGUGCAUCUGUAUGUUAGUCUGAGAGAGGAGGUACCCGCCUUCAUAAUGUGUAUUUGUUCAUCAACAAUGUCAGUGAGGAAUAAAUUAUGCCUACGAAU